UAGAGUUUUUUGGCAUAAGGGUAUAUAUAUUUAUAUCGUUAUUAGCAGCGGGUUAUAUAUUUACACCUUAUGUGCGAUUUCUAUGAAGUACAUCCCUAAUCUUUUUAGUUAAAUUUUAGCGUACAGCCACGUCAUAAGAAAGUGACCCGUGAUUUCCGUGUCGUGGACUCACAGUUUUACUCACGCAAGGGAAUUAAUAUAUAAGAUGGGGUGGCUAGCCACCGCAAUGAUGAACAAAACCUGUUAGGUCUUUGGAAAUAAGCUAGAGGUUGUACUCCUCUGGAGAAAAUGCCUCUAAAGCGCAAUUCUCCCUUUUGUCAAGGAAUUAAUUAAAAAAAAUAAAAAGGACACAACACAUUUGAAAAGAUUACCAGAACUUUAACCAAGGGCAGGUUGGUUUCGACCCAUAUUUCUGAACCUAAGUACCCUGGAUGUCUAGCUGGGUCACCUGGAAGAAGUCCGCGGACGGUCAUCAGCAGAGGAAGAAAUAGUUUGCUUUUUUUAAUAUGGAGUCAGGUACAUAUGCUUCACCCCGAUCAGACCUCUGAUCAUGACAGGCGAGUAUAAUGACUUACACAGUCAUAUUGAAGAAGAACUACUUUGUUCAUCACUGCCAAGCAGUGAGCGGGAUUCGAGCGGGAUGGAGUCAGGUGCUGGGAAAUUAAAGUAGAAUAUGUAAACAUGAUAUAUAUAAUCCAAUGUUUUUUCAGCUGACUCCUUAAUGCAAUUACCCAACUCCAAGCAGGCUUUGCCCAAUGUGGAGACCAAGGGUGUUUCAUCUCGCCAGAAGGAGCCUUCUAAAAAGGUUAGCCAAAAUAAAAAUGACACUCAACCAAUUACCGUCAAUACCCAGAGGGUGAAGAGUUCAGCUCACUCUUCGCUGGUAACUUAAAAGAACCUUAGCAAGGGGGUUUGCUUUCAGCUUGUCUUUGGGUGUAAGGACCCCACUUAUUACCCCAGUUCAGGAAGUUGCUUGGUCUUCAGGCUUGACAACCCUGCUGUCUUAUUCAAAAUAUGUUAAGGCUGGUCCUGUCAUGACAACCUCCUGUGUAAGGCUGAGUGUUAGGGCCCGGUAACACAUGUGGAAAGCUACAGCAAGAGUCACAAGUUCUGGCGCACAGGAGGGUUUUUAUUUAAUUCUUUUUUAUAUUAUAUAUUUUUGAGAUAUACAUUUUUUCUAGCUCUGACUUGUGUCGUAUUGUUUGUGAUUGAAGGAUUGUUUUUUCUCUUUAAGAUUUUCUCAGAGAAUAGUUAUAGGUCCAAGUUGGACAGUACUCAUGCUUGUAAUAAGCAAGAAAGUGUAUUCAGCACCUUCUUCUGGGAGCCUAAUCCCAAUUCUAUUUACACCCACCGUCCCUGUAGACAAGAUACUUUAGUGCAGCUUGCUGUAAUGUAAACCCUUUUCAUCAAAGUUCUUGUGUCUAAGGUUUGUUCUCCUGUCACAACUUACCCUGGCACCGUUUCUAUACCUAUCACUGUAGAAAGUGUAGGUUCUUGUCGGAAGCACUACAAUUUAAGGGCUGUAAAUAACCACUUUGGAACCAAGUGCUUGACUUGCUGACCAUGUUUGGUGAAGUAGCAUGCUCGGCCAAAUUUCGGUUAAUUUACGAUUUGCAGCUGUCGACUUUUAUUUUUCCUAAGUUCAGCAAAAGUUAUUGGUUUUGACGGACGGUGUCAAUGAAUAUGGCUUAUUCAUUGGAGAGAAACUUCCUUUUUUUCAUUAAACUCUCUGUCUUAAAAGACUAGAUUUACCUUUCGACAUAGUUAUUCCAAUUCUCUCUAAAAGCGAUCAGGAUAGCUGGUUCAGGCAGAACAUUGUGAGAAUAAAGAUAUUUCACGCAUCAAUUCCAAGAUAUCGCGAGAUGGAGGGAAACUGGUUAGGACAAGCAUAGCCAAUUGUGUUGAAUAAUGCAUAAGGUGGUACGCAAAGUCCUGACAUGGAAUGGGCCAAAUUUCCAGAUUCACAGAGUUUGAUAAAUUUUAUACAUAUGUUACAUAGCUGGUAUGGAAAUAUGGAAUCAAGACUUGAGUCGUAGGAUAGUAGGCGAAAAACAGUUGCGUACGAGUUACUGGCUUUCGGAUAUGUGUUGUCACUUAUGAUUGUAUCGAAAGCUGCAUGCUGUUCCCUGGUAUGCCUGAUCGGUAACUGUGAUAACAUGCUGUUACAAAGCUCGCGCUAAGAAACUAUCGCAGUGGCGUAAGCUCUAUUCAAAUCAGCAUUUAACAUUGAACCAGGUGUUAUUAAACAUCCAUCAAAACAGCUGGGUGACACAUCAGUCUGUGCAUCUUUCGUCGUUGUUUCGAUUGUUGAAAAGAACGUAUUUUUGAAGCCCAUCCCGAUUUUGUGCCAUCACAAGCUAAGAUAGGUGAAGGACCAUCACAACCCGAACAUCCUUGUCGAAAAUCUAUUCACAUUCUAGACGAACACCCGAAAAACCAUUUAAUGAAUGUUGAGACAUCCAUAAACUUGUAUCCUCUCAAAUUGUAUCGCUCACUUUACCGUGACACAAAGCCACUGAUUGUCAUCUUUCCGUUCAUAACGGCAGAAACAAAUUCCUACCCUACAGAAAAGCUGAAGACUUUGUUAACAGGCUCAAAUCUCCGAUGGCCCCGAUAAUUUCACUCACCUUUCUAAAUGGGGAUUACUCCCUUCCACUAAGCAUUGGACAUUAAAACCGUGUAAGUUGUUUUGCAAGAUGUGCUAGCUGUUGAUUCCACUGAAAAGUCUCGGCUGCUGAAAGCUAACCCGGAUAACUCCGACAGUGUUCUUUCUCAGCAAUAAACAGAACCUGACCAUCUUAGCACUAUGAAAUGGAAACAACCUAUUGCUUGGCCAAAGUCAGUUGACACAAAAUUGUGGAAUUCCCUUGAUGAUGCAUUUUUUCACAAUCUUCUAGGCUCUUACCCAUUGUCAAAAAAGUGGAGCUGUUGGAAUCAACAAUUUACUACCAUGCGUCUCACCUGUUUGGUGUAAGGUCACUUCCCCAGCACAACCUAUCAGGUUUGAACAGGAGAGCUUUACGCAGCAUCAGUUUGGUGAAUGAGAAGAACAAUCUACUGUGAACUCUUAAGAGCACAUCUGACCUGGUUAAGAAAAGCAACAUGCAAAACCUUUUAGAUGAUAUAAUGGCCAAGUUAAGGUUACUUUGCAGAGGUGGGCGGAAUAGGAAAAGACGUUGGAAAAUGUCGAAUGCACGCCUGGCUUACUCUAAGAAUCCCUAUCAGGCUGAAAAAAAUAUUUUAGAUCCUAAAUGUUCAAUAAAACUUGAAGUUGCCCAGGACGAAAUGGAUUCACACAAACAUUCAACCUUGAACGAUCCUUCACGCCAUAUACCUCUUUCAGAUCUCCCGGGAUUGCCUUCGCCACCAAAUCUAGUCUCAGCUUUCGAUUCUUCCAAGCUAAAGUUCAAGGAUUUCCAAGCUGUCCUACAUUCUCGUAGAAAUGCUUCCUCUCGGGGCUGAACCAAAUUCCUUACAAAGUAUAUAAGAAUUGUCCUCAUAUUGCAUCGUUUCUGUUUAAAAUUUUUCAAACUUGUCUAAAGAAGUCUUUUAUUCCUGUGCAAUGAAGAAUUGCAUCAGAAGUUUACAUACCUAAAAACAACACACCUUGUCCAUCCAACAUAAAGGAUUUUCGCCCCAUAGCUCUUCCGAAUGUUGAAGGAAAGCUCUUUUUUAGUUUGAUUUCCAAGCACGUAGAAUCACAUAUUAUCGCAUAUUAUCAAGAAAAACAACUUUAUUAAUACUUCCAUUCAAAAAGGUUGUAUGGAAAAAAUUCCGGCCUGCUGGGAACACAUGUCUCUUGUUUGGUCCACACUUAAGAUUGCGAAGGCACAACAUUCUUCACUUUCAGCCAUAUGGCUUGAUAUUGCUAAUGCGUACCCUUAAGUUCCGCACAAGCUGAUUUUUAUGGCUCUCGGACGCUAUGGUGUACCAGAAUCCUUGGUAGGGCUCAUACAGCUAUACCACGACAGCCUGUGGAGUAAGUCUUUUUCGGCUUCUGUUUCAUCCAGUUGGCAUCAACACUGUGGGGGAAUUUUUAUCGGCUGUACACUUUCCAUUAUACUAUUUCUUGCAGCUAUAAACGUUAUUAUUGAAUAUGUUUGUUACCCCCAGCCUUAUUGAUACUGAAGGCACAACAUUCUUCACUUUCAGCCAUAUGGCUUGAUAUUGCUAAUGCGUACCCUUAAGUUCCGCACAAGCUGAUUUUUAUGGCUCUCGGACGCUAUGGUGUACCAGAAUCCUUGGUAGGGCUCAUACAGCUAUACCACGACAGCCUGUGGAGUAAGUCUUUUUCGGCUUCUGUUUCAUCCAGUUGGCAUCAACACUGUGGGGGAAUUUUUAUCGGCUGUACACUUUCCAUUAUACUAUUUCUUGCAGCUAUAAACGUUAUUAUUGAAUAUGUUUGUUACCCCCAGCCUUAUUGAUACUGAAGGUAGUUAAAAAAAAAUCCCCGACCAACCCCGAAUGAAAGCCUUUAUGGAUGAUAUAUUCUUAAUGUCCACGUCAAUUCCAAGUACUAAAAGUUUAUUAAAAGGGUGUACAACAGCUCUUGAUUGGGUAGGCAUGUCGUUUAGGCCUUCUAAAUCACGCAGCAUUGUUAUUGAUAAGGGAAAAGUCGUCCAAAGUUCACCGUUUACAGUUGGCAGCGAAAAAAUUCCAUCCAUUCAUUCUAAUCCAAUUAGGUUUUUAGGCAGAACAAUAAACUCAUCCUUGUCUGAUUCUGCUGCAAUACAAGAAUUUCUAAAUGAUGCCGAAGACAAACUUAUAACUAUAGACAGGUCCUUUCAUAAAGGGAUCCAUAAGGUUUGGUUUUUACACCAUCUGUUAAUUCCCAGAAUCCGCUGGCCAUUAUUAAUUUAUGAAGUUUCUCCAUCUACUAUCACAAAACCAGAGCAAAGAUUUUCUGUUUUCAUUAGGAAAUGGUUAAAACUACAUCAUUCAAUUUCCAACAUUUCCUUAUAUUCCUCGACAUCGCCUUGUCCUCUUCCCCUGAAAAGUCUUGCAUCUGUUCUCAAGUCUGCCAAAAUCAAUGGACAUAUGUUACUAAGAGAUUCUGGCGACCCUUGUGUGUCUAAGUGCGUACCAGAUUUAAAAGCUGGAGUUGGAAAGUUAGUGAGGCAGUUCUUUCGGCGGAUAGUCAGCUCGAUUUCAAAAGGAUUUUAUGUUUGCAUCAGACUGGUCGAGCUGGCUUAGUGCUCUUAGACCACAAAAAUAUACCACCAAAAGGCACUUAUGCUUACUGAAAGCUUGUUUCCAAUAUCAUUGAAGAAAAUGAAGAAGAUAUUUACCAUGCCAGAGCUGUACAGUUGCAUUUGCAAGGCAAUUGGACAAAAUGGUGCUCUUAUGUGAAAAAUGAUUUAUCUUGGAGAACAAUUCUUUUACUGCCACAGUGUCAGGGGCAACCUUCGACACCCUUCCCUCCAACCAAUCUUGUGAGAUGGGGAAUUGAAAAAGACAAAGGUUGCAUUCUGUGCAAGAAACCAUCCUCAAAUGUCUCUCACAUAUUGGGUGCCUGUAGGACCUCCCUUACGCAGGGUAGAUGCACAUACCGUCACGACUCGGUUUUAAUAGUUUUGAUUAACCCUAUUCAGUCCGGGGGGGGGGGGAUUCCGCCCCCCCCUGACGGUUUUUUUUUUAAUAACUCCUGAUUGCUUUCUUAUAUGGCUAUAAUACUUACUGAGUUUUAACAUUUAUCUAUUAGACACCUGCAUGCUAAAUUUUUAGGUCCCAUACCUUUCAGAGGCUUUGAUAUUGGCCAUUACUCGAAACUACCCCUAAAAUCUCUAUGAAAUCCUUAUAAUGGGGAAAAUAUAAUAACUCCUGUUAGGAUUAUCCUUAGAACUUGAAACUUGCAACACAACUUUGUUUCAUCAAGAAGAAUCAUUUCGAAUAAUUUUGACACGUGAAUAAUCCGAUUUCCCGAUUUUUUCAUAUUUUACCCGAAAAUCGGACAAAAACGGAUUUUUGGGCAAUUUUUUAUUCGAUCCAUGUAAAAACCGGAAGAUAUGUUAAAAAAAUUUUAUUUAGCUUUCAAAAACUUCAAACAGAAUGUAAAUUCGCUCUAGAACAAAAGUAAUUAUAUUUUAAGCAGAUAGUGGCUUUUUUAACAAUUUUCAAGCUUCCCUUGACGUCACAGAAAAUGUGCUGA